GUGUCAGCCCUGGUGACUGCCAUUACGUUUUCCUUGGAGAUGGCGCUACAGGUCCCCAACCUCCUUCUUACAGCCGCUGUGGUGCUGAUCGCGCUGAGCAGCCCGGGGUCCGAGGGCAGAGACUCCCCAAGGAAUUUCGUGUACCAGUUCAAGGGCCUGUGCUACUACACCAACGGGACGCAGCACAUGCGGAGUGUGACCAGACAGAUCUACAACCGGGAGGAGAACGUGCGCUUCGACAGCGACGUGAACGAGUACCGCGGGCUGACCGAGCUGGGGCGGGGCAUCGCCGAGUACUUCAACAGCCAGAAGGAGAUCCUGGAGCGGACGCGGGCCGAGAUAGAGACGGUGUGCAGACACAACUACGAGAAGACGGAGGUCUCCACUUCCCUGCGGCGGCUCGAACAGCCCAAGGUGACCAUCUACCUGUCCAGGACGGAGGUCCUCAACCACCACAACAUGCUGGUCUGCUCAGUGACAGAUUUCUACCCAGCCCAGAUCAGAGUGCGCUGGUUCCGGAAUGGCCAGGAGGAGACGGUGGGGGUCGUGUCCACGAAGCUUAUUCAGAAUGGGGACUGGACCUUCCAGGUCCUGGUCAUGCUGGAGAUGACCCCUCAGCGGGGAGACGUCUACACCUGCCAUGUGGAGCACCGCAGCCUGCAGAGCCCUGUCACUGUGGAGUGGAGGGCACAGUCCGAGUCUGCCCAGAGCAAGAUACUGAGCGGCAUCGGGGGCUUCGUGCUGGGGCUGAUCUUCCUGGGGCUGGGCCUUUUCGUCCGUCACAGGAGUCAGAAAGGACCUCGAGGGCCUCCUCCAGCAGGGCUCCUCCAGUGAUUCAUGAUGUUUUGACUGAGUUGGCUGUGGCACUGUAAGGUCUGCAUGUCCCUGCUCCAAAUUCCCAUCUGUGCCAGCCUGCCUGUCCCUCCCUGCCCUCAGUUCCCAUCUGUGCCAGCCUGCCUGUCCCUCUCUGAUUCAGAGUCUAGCAUGGUGCCAGUGCACCCACCUGCUCAGCUCUUGUGAUCUCCAACUCCCCAGGGCUCUCUGUCUUUGACUCCUGGACUGAUUCCAGAGACUCUGUGCUGCAGCAUGAUCUACUCAGACCCCCAGGCCUUCUGUUUCCACUGUCCCACACAGGCUGCUGAAGAGAUGCGCUGAAAACAUUUGCCUGUUUUUCAUAAUUAAAUGUGAUUCUGAAUUAUGUGUAUCCUGAGUCUCCCACUGAGUGGGGUUGGGUGAGAGUAGUGUGGAGCACGGUGAUUCAUCCACACUGUGGCUGAAAGUAGUGGUGUCCACUGUGAAGAUAACCGGAAGCAUCUUGUUAAGGUGGGCCGAGGAGACAGGCUUCAGCUGCCACAACUUCAUAGCUCAUGCUGUUCAGUGUCCUGUUCUGACACCACCAUCGCAGCCUCUUUCAGGUUGGUGAGGACAGUGCAACCAAACAUGCUGGAAUUGUUGGGGAUGGAUGCCAUGACCUCUCAUCACUGGUGUUCCAAAUAUGUCCUGUGAAGUCACGUUGA